AUUUUCACAUUGUAAUCCACUCGUCUGCUACAUCCUUUUUAGUGCAGAUUUCUGCCAGAAAAUCGUCGAGUUUAUUGUCUGCUGAAGAAAAGUAUAUCAUAUCUAAAAGCAAAGAUGGUUAUGCAAGGACUAUCGCCUAAAGACUUGAAAAAGCAUCCUGCUCUCAUUCCCUUGUUUGCUUGUGUUGGUUUGGGAAUGUUAGCUUCUGUUGUUUACACGCUUAGAUUAGCUACCAAAAAUCCGGAUGUCUCAUGGAACAAGCAUAAAAAUCCUGAGCCAUGGCAAGAAUAUUCAACUAAACAAUACAAGUUCAUGAACCCAAGUGGCCAUGAUUACUCACAAAAUCCAGCUCCAAAAUAUUAAAAAUUGUCUCAUAGUCCAAACGACAAAUAGAUAUUUCAUAGACCAUAAAGGAUUUGAUAAUACAACUGUCAAUGAAAUGUAAUUGAUUUAUCUUUCAAGUUGCUUUUAUCAACUGUUAUGAAUAUUAAUUAAAUAAAAAUGCUUACUUGUAAUAUUACAUGAUCCAAGUCAUAAUAAUAAAUAUUUCUGUAUAAUUUUUAUUUCAACAA